UCCAAAACUACACAAUCUGUAUCCAUAAUUUUGUGCCAUUUUGAAUUUUGUUUACGUAUAUGUAGAAUUAAUUAUAUGUGUUAAGGCGUAUUUUUUGUCUUAAGCCAAGUAGCAGAUUUAGCGUUACAGAUUUUUCGCAGGACCAUGCCGUUCGUGGACCUGCAGGAGAAAUUGGGUGUAAACGUCGAUCGCUGGAUGCUGGUGCAGAGCGGGCCGCAGCCAUACCAGCGCGCUGCCCGCUGCCAUGCUUUCGAGAAAGAGUGGAUCGAGUGUUCACACGGUAUCGGCCAGACCCGGGCUCGGAAAGAGUGCAGGGUGGAGUUCGAGGACUUCUAUGAGUGCAUGCACCGGCAGAAGAUGCAAAAACGCCUGUAUGAAAUACGGACUCAGCGUGAGAAACUGAUAAAAGAGGGAUCCUACACGCCUCCAAAGCACCACGCCGGCAAGGAGGAGAUACGUCCAUGACCCUCUUCUGAUCCCUGAUCUGUGACCUUUGACCCUCGGCUUUCAGUGAUUAUGCCAUGCAGUCCUUGUUGAUGAACAAGCCUGUCCCAACUAAUUAUUAUUCAUUUUCCAUUUGAAAAAUAAAGCUAUUCAAUCCCUUAA